CCAACCAGUGUUUUGUACUUUGUUUUGCUACUGUCCUUUUGAACUGGACUGUCUCUUUUUUAUUAGAAAAUGGCAAUGUCACCGCUCGUCCACGUUCUCAUACCCUUCCUGCUUUGCAUUGCGCUUGCAAACACUCACAUUUUCGACAACGUUUUGGUGGAUGUCACUUAUGAUCACUAUGCGGAAAAGAAAGUCGACAACCUUCCUGCUUUCUUGGCCAUGCCGUUUAACUGUCUGAUAAACUUGGGAUACAUAUUAUUAGGUAUCUACUGGAUCUUGCAACCGAUGUCAGACAAUAGAGACACCUGUGCAGCCGUCUACACCAAAGACGUGUUUGCGCUAAUGGCAGUGGCCUAUGGACCGGUGCAGUGGGUCCGUUUGGCCACCUUGCGGCGCGCGCCCUCUGUUUUGGACCAGUGGUUCACUUUACCUAUUUUCUCGUGGGUGCUGGUGUGGUAUCAUGUCGUUGACAAAGGCUGGUCGUCCCGUUACGCCUUGAUGGUGGAAUCGUGCUCUAUUCUCAGCUAUGGACUGGCGCUCUUUCACGACCGAGGGUUUGAAGUAGCCCUGGGUUGCCACAUCGCCUUCGCUGUGUUCAAAGGCGUCCGAGCGCAGAAGAGCCUCGGAGACGCUGCGUCCAUGCGCUACCUCUGCUUGGCCCUGCUGUCCUGCGCUGGUUUCGUGGUUCUCAAGCUUCUGGAUCAUUCUCUUGCAGAGUACUGGGUGUUUCAAAACCUUACUGGACAUUUCUGGUCCAAAGUUUGCGACAUUCUGCAGUUUCAUUACAGCUUUUGUUUUCUCACCCGCCUUAGUGAAAAUGCACACAAACGCUGUUCAUAAAUGCACAUACAUUUAUUCAGCUGAAUAAUAAGGCAAUGGACAUAACAUGUACGAACCCUAAUUUAGUCUUGUCUUCAACAGUAUUAUUAUGUCACUGACAUGUACAAAUUCUAACGAUUAAUGUGAUCAAAGAUUUGUAAAAUCAAACUAAUUUGAUGCUUUUCAAAACAUCAGUUUUGUUCAAAAAAUAACUAAUUAAUUGAUUUUUAAGGAAAACUGUCAAAUAUGUGAAAUACUUGGAUUUCAUCUAUUAGAAUACAGAAUUAUCAAAGCAAUAUACUGUGUGUGUGUGUGUGUGUGUGCUUGUUUAUGUGGUUUAUUAGGACACAUAGGUAUGUCAGAGGUAUUACAACUGAAGGUGAUUUAUGAGGACACUUUCGGUGUGCCUGUAGUUCAAAAGGCUUAAAAACC